CAUCACAUUGAAUAAGAAUAAUUAGAGUGACUUUUUCGUCUUUCACUUAAAGUUUCCAAUUCCUUCUCUCGAUACACCUCCUCCAUCUCCAGUUUUAUCUCUCAGUUGUGUGCUAGCAUCCCUCAAUUCAGAUAUACCAAAAGGCUUUAAAUGGAAGAUCAAAUUUGAGAUCUGAGAGCAAAGAAUUAAAGUUUCGAACCUUCGAAGAGUCCCUCGUUAUUUGUGCAACUCACUUUUUCCACUUCCAGUAGUAUUCAAAUAUGCUGCUCGACCUUUCUCAUCCAUGACGAGAGCAGCAACCGUGAAGAUGAAUUGCGAAGUCUGCAAUCGACUUUUAAUUUGUCCAAUACUUUUUUCAUUUUCUCUCAUAGGCUGAAAAAGGGACCAUAUUUGGUACAGUAAAUGUUAAUAUUGACUUUUAACUAUCAACAGAACCAACAACUGGAUAAAUUAAGUGAUCUGCCAUUUGGUUCAAUGCAUUACAGUUGCAUUUUGGAUUUGAAUUCACCAUCAAGGAAACAGAAGGAAGACCAGCCGAGAAAGAGGUUGAAGAAAUUGGGUUUGAUUUUUUGAGCAAAACGACGAAAAAGUCCCUCUAAUUAUUCUUGUUUAAUGUGAUGGCAGGGGCAGAAGUUUUAUGAAAUAAGUGGGGACAAAAAUUCAAGAUCACUUUAAGGGCUAUUUGUACAAUUAAGCCCCACUUCGCUCUACCCUUCCAAAAAUCACUCAUCGUCGGCAACGGCCGUCAUCGGCUGCCGGAGCUUCCUUUCGAUCUUUAUUCUGCUCUGUAUACUCUAUGAUUUAGGCAGCCCUAAAACAUGGGAACUGUGAACUUCCUCUGGAAUUUAACUAAGAAUUAUUUCACCUUUGGGCUCAUAGGCCUUACUGUAUCUGAUCGUUGUGCUAGUAUUGUCCCUGUUGGUGGCAUUUCAAUGUCUCCUACAUUUAAUCCAGAUGAUGACAGUUCCAUGAGAUCCUUGACUCGUGACUUUGUUAUAGUGGAGAAGCUUUGCCUAGAAAAAUUCAAGUUCUCUCUUGGCGAUGUGGUUGUGUUCAGCUCUCCAGCUAAUCAUAAAGAGAAACAUAUAAAGAGAAUAACAGCCUUACCAGGUGAUUUGGUCAGUACACCUCAUUAUGAUGCAGUAUUGAUCCCUGAAGGACAUUGUUGGGUUGAAGGAGACAAUCACGCAUGGAGCUUGGACUCGAGAUCUUUUGGUCCUAUCCCUCUGGGUUUGGUUCGUGGAAGGGUUACCCACAUUGUGUGGCCUCCGCACAGGGUUGGUAAAGUUGAAAGAAUGACACCAAAGAGCAUAGCAUCUUUCUAAUUGUACUUUGAGUAAAUCAUCAAUUUUCAACUUGAUUGAUUUAUUAGGCAGUUGCCUCCUAUAGGAAGCUCUUCUGUAGGAAGGCAUCAACAUUCUAGCAAUAUAAUAUAGGUUGUACACUCAUUGUUCAUUAUAACUCAGAAUCAUACUCCUAAGAUGUGUUUAUUUCUUGGAAAAGUUGUGCUUCUAUUGGAACAGUUGAAAUUCUGAUCGCCUUAGUAUUUUUAGCAUUGUUAUAAAAAGUAAUCGCUUUGUUGAA